CCUCUCCCUGCCUCGCUAAGAACCACGAACCUGUUCGGAGCCAGGAAGAAACCGAGAAAGAAGAAGACGCUUGGCUACGGCCUCCCUCAGAAGCCGGCAUGUCAAAAGAACAGCCAGGGGCCUCCUCUGGAGGGCAGCGGGAUGUAGGGCGCGGCCUCGAGAACCUGCCCAUCACUUCUUGGCCCGAAGGGGAAGAGCCUGAGUUUCAGUAUACUCCUGAACACGUGAUUGGACCUGGAGCAGAAGCUGAUCCCACUCAAAUAACCUUUCCUGGAUGCACUUGUCUCACAACUUCCUGCCUCUCUACCAUUUGUUCGUGUCUUCUUCAUGGGGAGAAUUAUGAUAAUUCAUGCCUCAGAGACAUAGAAGGUGAAGUGGAGUUUGCCAGACCAGUGUUUGAAUGCAAUGUCAUGUGCCAGUGCAGUGAACAAUGCAAGAACAGAGUAGUUCAGAGAGGUCUGCAAUUCAGUCUCCAGGUGUUCAAGACUGAGAAGAAAGGCUGGGGGCUUCGCACCUUGGAAUUUAUACCCAAAGGAAGGUUUGUUUGUGAAUAUGCUGGUGAAAUUUUAGGAUCUUCAGAGGCAUGCAGAAGAAUACAACAACAAACAAAGCAUGAUUUAAAUUAUAUUAUAGCUGUCAGAGAGCACAUCUCUAAUGGCCAGAUAAUAGAAACAUUUGUGGAUCCUAGCAACGUAGGUAACAUUGGCAGAUUCCUUAACCAUUCUUGUGAGCCAAAUUUAUUGAUGGUUCCUGUCCGUAUUGACUCAAUGGUGCCUAGAUUGGCACUUUUUGCAGUCAGAGACAUUUUGCCAAAAGAAGAACUUUCUUAUGACUACUCAGGAAGAUUUCAUAAUCUCACGAAGAAUAAUGGAAACCAAGAAAUGCCAGAUAAAGACAAAAUGGGGAAGCCUUGUUAUUGUGGUACCAAAUCAUGUGCUGCUUUCUUGCCUUAUGAUAGUUCACUGUACUCACCCCUAGAAAAAGAAACCACAAGUUGAAAGAUUGGUUAAAGAAUAUAACAUGAGGCUACCGUUAAUAGUAAAGAUAUAUAGUCAUAAAAAUUGUUUCCACAGUUAGAACCAAAAGGCAUUAAAAUAAGCAUAUUAUAACACUUGCCAAAUAUAGAGUUGGUUAUAUUUUCAUUUCAGACUAUUUCACGAUUGAGAAUGGGAUAGCAUUUCCAAAUCACAAAAUGAAAAUAAGCUUGUAACACGAAAGAAGAAAGAACUCUGAUAGUAGCCAUUGAAUUGUGUGGUGAUUAAAAAAUUCUGGGAGAUAUAGUUUCUGGUAAUUUAAUCAUUUUAUUAAUAAGACCAGCAUAUUAUUAAUAAGA